ACUUCCUUGAUUGUUUCCUGCAGUCACGUGCCUGAGUAAAAAGUGAUAUUUCAUUCAGUUCAGACGACAGAAGCAGGUAUUGCCACCAAAAGACAAUGUCCCUCACUGUGAAAAACAUUUCUGUUACUUACAAUCCUAUCAAUCAGAGCAAUACCUUCACCAGCGGGGAUUUUAUAUCGGGACAAGUCAUUCUGGAGGUAGCGAAGGACACACAAAUGCAGUCGUUGAGUGUGAAGAUCAAAGGGAAAGCAGAGGUGUGCUGGAGCGAGCAUUACGGUAAAACCACUGUUGUUUACUCGGACAAGGAGAAGUAUUAUUCCGUUGAGAGAUUUUUUGUUCGGGAGGACAAAAAUAAUGGAAAUGAAAUGCUGAAAGAUCCAUCAGGACAGCCGUAUUCUUCUGUUGUGGCAACAGGGCGUCAUGUUUACCCAUUCACCUUUCAGUUGCCUCAACAGCACUUCCCACCAACCUUCAAAUGUUCAGUUGGAAAAGUUGUCUACACUUUGGAGACAAAACUAUCCAGGUCAAUGCGUGUUUCUAGCAAAGACAAAGCAGAGUUUCACUAUGUCCCCAGAUCAGAUGAGUCCAAUCCUGAACUAAUGGCACCUCAGUAUGGAACCAAAGAUAAACAAAUGAAACUCUUCAACCCUGGGAGUGUCUCCAUGAACAUAAACACUGAGAAAAUGGGAUACCACCUUGGAGAGGGCUUGAAAGUUUUGGCUGAAGUUCAGAACAAUUCUUCCCGUGCAAUCAAGCCAAAAUACUGCCUGUAUGAAAAAUACAGUUUUUUUGCAAAAGGCAAGAGGAAACUUCACACACAUGACCUGCUUAAAGAGGAAGGGGAACCCAUUGAGCCGAACUCAAAGAAAACUGUCACCAAAGUGCUGUCCAUUCCUCCCAGCCUUACCAUCUCUAUCCUAAACUGUAGGGUCCUCAAGGUUGAGUACAGACUCAAGGUCUACCUGGAUGUGCCAUAUGCCUCAGAUCCGGAAAUCAAAUUCCCAGUUGUGAUUCUUCCUCCUCAGACUGUGUCUGGUGCUACUAACAGUGACUUUGGAAUCUGGAAUCAACCACCAGAAAGCAAUAUGUACCCCAACCCACCUCCUAUGGCUCCACUAGCCCCACCACAUAAUGUAGUUGGUCCACCUGGUCAGUUUGGUGCCCCUGGCUACUAUGGACCUUCUCUGAGUCAGUUUCCUGCUCCUGGUUAUCCUGGACCUCCGGGUCAGUUCGCUUCUCCUAGUUACACUGGACCUCCUGGUCAAUUUGGUCCUUCAGUUUCACAUCAGUCUGACCCAUCAGCUCCACCUCUUUAUCAGGAAUAUCAAUUAUAUCCACAGUUGCCAGACCACCCAGAAAAAUCCUGACAAAGUGAUUUUAGAAUCAGCUUCUAGGCUGCUUGUUUUAUUACCGUUUUAUCUAGAUUCCUAGAAUCAUUUGUAUUAAUAUGUAGCCUUUUAUAUUUUAGGUAGUGAUGUUGACUGACAAGCUACCAACAUUUUAUACCAUUUAUUUUUGUGUUUCUAAACCUUCAGUAUAGUGCUACAUUUUACAUUCAAUGAAAAAGAUAAAUACUACUUUAUUUAUUGUUAAGAGUAGCCUAUUGUCCUCUGGAAAUGGUCUAUGCUAUAUACAGUUUCAGGAAAAAAGUAUGUGAACCUUUACACUAUUUAUUCAACUUGAAAUGUUAAAUUGUGACAACUUGACUAAACUUAUAAUUUUAAGGGAGCAUAAACAUAUAUAUUUUCUAAGUUGAAACAACAGUUUUUUACAGUGUAGAUUACUGUCAGUUUCUACAUAAACUGUUACAAAAUUUAUUCAAAACAACAAGUUACAACAAUUUAGACAAACAAGUCUGCUUUAACACAACCAUAUGUUUUCUUUGAACAGACUGUGACACUAUUGUUCAACUUAAUGUAUUUGAUGUAUUUCUAUUUAUGAAUUAAAUGUAAAACUCAAUUUACUCACAUACAUUAUAGACUCAUAUAUUAUCUUGUUAACAGGUGGAAAACAGUAGAUUGAGUAGUUUAUUAUUAGUUACAAAAUUAGAUCAAGAUUUUUUAGAAGCUUACAGCAGUGGUCGCCAACUCGACUGGUAGAUCUUUAUCACUGUCCCAGUACA